AUGUCGGACUCAUUCGAAAACGACCCGGGAUUCCCGUUCCUGGGAAUGAGCCGUGAGGCGAAAGCCGCUUCGGCCGCCCGUCCCUUCGACUCGAAGAAGAACUGCUGGAUUCCGGAUCCGGAAGAUGGUAAGUCUAGAAGUUUCUAGUAAGGUCCAUUACACCCUCCUGAAAUUGUGUGUCCACACAUCCAUCUUCAACCUACGCGUUGUCUCCGCGUCUCCCCGAUCGCCGUACUCUUUCGCGUCACAUCACAUCACACUCGGCUACGGGUGGUGGCGGGUUUCUGAACAUCUGAGGUUGUCUUGUGCCUCCGUCUCUCGGCUCGGUCAUCUUAUGAUAGCACGCUGCCGGCCGGCUCGGCACUUUGUAAUCUCCCUACACUACGGAGACGGCGGCGGGCGGGAGCCGAGCAGCGAGAUGAUGAUGGGAUUUCGAGCAAUUUCUCGGAAUUCACGAUCAAGAUGCUUGGGUCGUUGGAGUCGGGGGGAUUAUGGUGGACAAGCGAAUGUGAUGAGCAUGAGCAUGAUGAGGGGUUGGAUAAGUUGACACCCGGCUCUAGAAGUCUACAGUAAUGCUCCUUAGUUGACGAGGGGUUCGAAGAUGGUUAGGGUCGAGGUGCAGAGACAUUUUCUGAAAGUUAAUCUUCAGGAUUCGUGGCCGCGGAAAUCCAGUCGACAACCGGUGACCAGGUGACCGUGGUCACCAACAAAGGCAACCAAAUCACGGUCAAGAAGGACCAGUGUCAGGAGAUGAACCCGCCAAAGUUCGACAAAACCGAAGACAUGGCCAACUUGACGUUCUUGAACGAGGCCUCCGUGUUGGGAAAUCUGAAGGAGCGCUACAAGGACUUGAUGAUCUACGUAGGCGUUUGCAGGAAACUUCAGAAGAGAAGAAGUUCUUUCAGACGUAUUCCGGACUCUUCUGCGUCGUGAUCAACCCGUACAAACGUCUUCCGAUCUACAGUGAAUCGGUCAUCAAACACUACAUGGGCAAGCGACGAAACGAGAUGCCACCGCACUUGUUCGCCGUCUCCGAUGAGGCCUACCGUAAUAUGGUUCAAGGUGAGUGAUGCCAACAAUCUGGUGGGUUAUUACCAGACCAUUUCAGACAAGGAGAACCAGUCCAUGCUGAUUACCGGAGAAUCGGGAGCCGGAAAGACGGAGAACACGAAGAAGGUCAUUUCGUACUUCGCAAUCGUCGGAGCCACCCAGAAUGCGAGCGGAAAGGACACCGGAGCCAAGAAGGGAGGAACCCUCGAGGAGCAGAUUGUGCAAACCAAUCCAGUACUGGAGGCGUUCGGAAACGCCAAGACCGUCAGAAACAACAACUCAUCGCGUUUCGGAAAGUUCAUCAGAACUCACUUCUCCGGAUCCGGAAAGUUGGCUGGAGGAGACAUCGAGCACUGUAAGUUGGCCUUGGAUAAACAGCAAAGAACUAUUGUGGCUUUCAGAUCUCCUGGAGAAGUCUCGUGUCGUGCGGCAGGCCGCCGGAGAGCGUUGCUACCACAUCUUCUACCAGAUUAUGUCGGGCAACGAUCCGAGCCUUCGCGGAAAGCUCAAACUCGAAAAGGACAUCACCUACUACCAUUUCUGCUCCCAGGCUGAGCUCACCAUCGAGGGAAUGGAUGAUAAGGAGGAGAUGAAGCUCACCCAGGAGGCCUUCGAUAUCAUGGGCUUCGAAGAUCAAGAGACCCAGAAUCUGUACCGUGCGGUGGCCGGAAUCAUGCACAUGGGAGAGAUGAAGUUCAAGCAGAGACCGCGUGAAGAGCAAGCCGAGCAGGAUGGCGAGGAGGAUGCGACCAACGCCGCCGCCAUGCUCGGAAUUAACCACGAGGAGUUCCUGAAAGCGCUCACGAAGCCACGUGUGCGUGUCGGAACCGAGUGGGUCAACAAGGGACAGAACUUGGAGCAGGUCAACUGGGCCGUGUCCGGACUCGCCAAGGCCAUCUACGCGCGCAUGUUCAAGUGGAUCAUCGCCAGAUGCAACAAGACCCUCGACGCGAAGGAGAUCGAGCGCAAGCACUUCAUCGGAGUGCUCGACAUCGCCGGAUUCGAAAUCUUCGACUUCAACUCGUUCGAGCAGCUCUGGAUCAACUUUGUCAACGAGCGUCUCCAACAGUUCUUCAACCACCACAUGUUCGUGCUCGAGCAGGAAGAGUACAAGCGCGAAGGAAUCGCCUGGACCUUCAUCGACUUCGGACUCGAUCUGCAAGCCUGUAUCGAGCUUAUCGAGAAGCCGCUUGGUAUCAUCUCGAUUCUUGACGAGGAGUGCAUCGUCCCGAAGGCCACUGACAUGACCUACGCCCAGAAGCUGCUCGAUCAGCAUCUCGGAAAGCACCCGAACUUCCAGAAGCCAAAGCCGCCAAAGGGAAAGCAGGCCGAAGCUCAUUUCGCCAUUGUCCACUACGCCGGAACUGUCCGCUACAACGCGUUGAACUUCCUCGAGAAGAACAAGGAUCCUCUGAACGACACCGCUGUCGCCCUGCUCAAGCACUCGCAGGACAACCAGCUCAUGCUCGACAUCUGGUCCGACUACCAGACUCAGGAGGAGGCCGCCGAGGCCGCUAAGGCCGGAAACACUGGUGGCGGUGGAAAGCGUGGAAAGUCGUCUUCGUUCAUGACCGUCUCCAUGAUCUACCGCGAGUCGCUCAACAACCUGAUGACCAUGCUCUACCAGACGCACCCACACUUCAUCCGUUGCAUCAUUCCCAACGAGAAGAAGGCUUCCGGAGUCAUCGACUCGGCCCUGGUUCUCAACCAGCUCACCUGCAACGGAGUGUUGGAAGGAAUCAGAAUCUGCCGCAAGGGAUUCCCGAACAGAAUGCUCUACCCGGACUUCAAGCACCGUUAUGCCAUCCUUGCCGCCGACGCCGCAAAGGAGGGAGACGCCAAGAAGGCGUCCGUCGGAAUCCUCGACAAGCUGGCCUCCGAGGGCAAUCUGACUGACGAGGAGUUCAAGAUCGGAGAGACCAAGAUCUUCUUCAAGGCUGGAGUUCUCGCCAAGCUCGAGGACUUGCGCGACGAGAUUCUUUCAAGAAUCGUUACCAAUUUCCAGUCGCGCAUCCGCUCCUACCUCGCCAGAGCAGAACUCCGCCGUCGCUACGAGCAACAGACCGGACUACUUAUUGUGCAACGAAACGUGCGCGCCUGGUGCACCCUCCGUACUUGGGAGUGGUUCAAGCUGUUCGGAAAGGUCAAGCCACUUCUCAAGGCUGGCAAGGAACAAGAAGCGAUGGGAGAGCUCGCCGAGAAGAUCCAGAAGCUCGAGGACGCCGUUCAACGCGGAGAGAUCGCUAGAGUUCAGUUGGAGUCUCAGGUGGCCGAUCUUGUCGAGGAGAAGAACCAGCUGUUCUUGAAUCUCGAGAAGGAGAAGGCCAACUUGGCCGAUGCCGAGGAGAAGAACGAGAAGCUGAACCAGCUGAAGGCCUCUCUUGAGAGCAAGCUCAGCGACAUCUCCGGACAGCUCGAGGACAUGCAGGAGCGUCACGAAGACCUGGCUCGUCAGAAAAAGAAGACUGAGCAGGAGCUCUCGGACACCAAGAAGCACGUCCAGGACUUGGAACUCAACCUGAGAAAGGCCGAGCAGGAGAAGCAGAGCCGCGAUCACAACAUCCGCUCGCUUCAGGAUGAAAUGGCCAACCAGGACGAGUCGGUUGCCAAACUCAACAAGGAGAAGAAGCAUCAAGAGGAGGUCAAUCGCAAGUUGAACGAGGACCUUCAAUCCGAAGAGGACAAGGUCAACCACCUCGAGAAGAUCCGUUCGAAGCUCGAGCAGCAGAUGGACGAGCUCGAAGAUACCAUUGACCGUGAGAAGAGAGCCCGUCAAGACAUCGAGAAGGCCAAGAGAAAGGUCGAGGGAGAUCUGAAGGUGGCUCAGGAGAACAUCGACGAGAUCACCAAGCAGAAGCAGGACGUGGAGAACACCUUGAAGAGAAAGGAGGAGGAUCUCCACCACGCCUCUACCAAGCUCGCCGAGGAACAGGCCCUCGUCGCCAAGCUCCAACGCCAGAUCAAGGAGCUCCAGGCCAGAAUCGCCGAACUCGAGGAGGAGCUGGAAGCCGAGAGAAACUCUCGCCAGAAGGCCGACAGAACUCGCAACGAGUUGCAGAGAGAGCUGGAAGACAUCGCCGAGAAGCUCGAGCAACAGGGAGGAUUCUCCGCUGCUCAGCUGGAAGCCAACAAGAAGCGCGAAGCUGAGAUCGCCAAGCUGCGCCGCGAGAAGGAGGAGGACGCGUUGAACCACGAGACCGCCGUCUCUGCCCUCCGCAAGCGCAACGGUGAUGCCGUCGCCGAGCUCACCGAACAACUGGAGAACCUCCAGAAGCUGAAGGCGAGAGGAGACGCCGAGAGAAGCAAGCUGCAGCGUGACCUCGAGGAGGCUCAGCACAGCGCCGACAGUGAAGUGCGCGCCCGUCAGGACGUCGAGAAGGCUCUCAAGACCAUCGACGUCCAGUUCGCUGAGCUUCAGACCAAGGCCGACGAGCAAUCGAGACAGCUCCAGGACUUUGCUGCUCUUAAGAACCGCCUCAACAACGAGAACGGAGACCUCAACCGUACUCUCGAGGAGAUGGACAACCAGGUCAACUCCCUUCACCGUCUGAAGUCGACCCUCCAGAGCCAGCUCGAAGAGACUCGUCGCAACUACGAAGAGGAAAGCCGUGAGCGUCAGGCUCUCGCUGCCACCGCCAAGAACUUGGAGCACGAGAACGGAAUCCUCCGUGAGCACCUCGACGAGGAAGCCGAGUCGAAGGCCGAUCUGAUCCGUCAGAUCAGUAAGCUCAACGCUGAGAUUCAGCAAUGGAAGGCCCGCUUUGACUCCGAGGGACUCAACAAGCUCGAGGAGAUCGAGGCCGCCAAGAAGGCUCUCCAACUCAAAGUCCAGGAGUUGAGCGACACCAACGAGGGACUGUUCGCCAAGAUCGCUUCGCAGGAGAAGGUCCGUCAUAAGUUGAUGCAGGAUCUGGACGACGCUCAAUCCGACGUCGAGAAGGCCGCCGCUCAGGUCGCUUACUACGAGAAGCACCGCCGUCAAUUUGAGAAGAUUGUUGAGGAGUGGAAGAAGAAGACCGACGACCUCGCCUCUGAGCUCGAUGCUGCUCAGCGCGAUAACCGUCAGCUCUCGACCGACUUGUUCAAGGCCAAGACCGCCAAUGACGAGCUGGCUGAGUACCUCGACUCCACUCGCCGUGAGAACAAUAGUCUGGCUCAGGAAGUCAAGGAUCUGACUGACCAACUAGGAGAGGGAGGAAGAUCGGUUGCCGAGCUUCAGAAGAUCGUCCGCAAGCUUGAAGUCGAGAAGGAGGAGCUGCAGAAGGCUCUCGAUGAGGCCGAGGCUGCCCUUGAAGCCGAAGAGGCCAAGGUUCUCAGAGCUCAGAUCGAAGUCUCGCAGAUCAGAUCCGAGAUCGAGAAACGCAUCCAGGAGAAGGAGGAGGAGUUUGAGAACACUCGCAGAAACCACCAGAGAGCCCUGGAGAGCAUGCAAGCGACCCUCGAAGCGGAGACCAAGCAGAAGGAGGAAGCUCUCAGAAUUAAGAAGAAGCUGGAGAGCGACAUCAACGACCUCGAAAUCGCUUUGGAUCAUGCCAAUCGCGCCAACGCCGACGCCCAAAAGACUAUCAAGAAGUACAUGGAGACGGUCCGCGAACUUCAGGUCCAGAUCGAGGAGGAGCAGCGCCAAAAGGACGAGAUCCGCGAGCAGUUCCUCAACUCCGAGAAGAGAAACGCCAUCCUUCAGGCCGAGAAGGACGAGCUCGCUCAACAGGCCGAAGCCGCAGAGAGAGCCCGUCGCAACGCCGAGGCUGAUUGCAUCGAACUCCGCGAGCAGAACAACGACCUCAACGCCCACGUCUCUGCCCUCACCGGACAGCGCCGCAAGCUCGAAGGAGAGCUUCUCGCUGCUCAUGCCGAGCUCGAGGAGAUCUCCACUGAGCUCAAGAACGCUCUGGAGCAAGGACAGAAGGCUUCUGCCGACGCCGCCCGUCUCGCCGAGGAACUCCGUCAAGAACAGGAGCACUCGAUGCACAUUGAGAGAAUCCGCAAGGGACUCGAACUGCAGAUCAAGGAGAUGCAGAUCAGACUGGACGACGCCGAGAACGCGGCUCUGAAGGGCGGAAGAAAGAUCAUUGCUCAGCUGGAGGCCCGUAUCAGAGCCAUCGAGCAGGAGCUCGACGGAGAGCAGAGACGCCACCAGGACACCGAGAAGAACUGGCGCAAGGCCGAACGUCGUGUCAAGGAGGUCGAGUUCCAGGUUGUUGAGGAGAAGAAGAACGAGGAGAGACUGACGGAGCUGGUCGACAAGCUGCAGACGAAGCUCAAGAUCUUCAAGAGACAGGUCGAGGAAGCGGUGAGUCAUUGAAGGGAGAAAGACUAUAAUAUUAAUAUUUUAUUUCAGGAAGAGGUGGCCGCCGGCAACUUGAACAAGUACAAGGUGCUCCAGGCUCAAUUCGAGCAAGCCGAGGAACGUGCCGAUAUCGCCGAGAACGCGCUGUCGAAGAUGCGCAACAAGAUCCGCGCCUCCGCCUCCAUCGUCCCGAUAGACGGAUUCCCACUCGCCCAGUCCGCGUCGAGCGCAAUCGUCCGAAGUGCGUCCAACGCGAGAUUCCUCUAA